AUGGCUAAACAAUCACAAACUGAAAUUGAUCAAAUGAUUCAAAGAUCAGAAUAUAAGAAUCGAGAUUUAGUUCGUCGUGAUAUAAUUCAAGUACUUCAAUCACCACAAUGCAAUUUAAUAUUAAAUUUAAUUCCGUAUUAUACAAAUGAAAGAGUUUAUCGAGAAUAUCUUUGUCUAACUGGAACUGUUGUUUGUCAAUAUAAAGCAAAUAAAUAUAAUAUUCCAAUUGAAAUAAAUAUUCAUCAAAAUCAUCCAUCUCAAUCACCAACAGCUAAAGUUAAACCAACAGCAAAUAUGUAUAUAUCAACAACGAAUCCAGAUGUUCAACCGGAUGGAACAAUUAUUAAUCAUUAUUUAAGAUCAUGGAGACAUCCUCACAGUGAUUUAUGCAGUCUAAUUAAUUCAUUCUCUCAAUCAUUUAGUCAACUUCCACCUGUUUAUUCAAGUUCAACUCCUGUUAAUCAACCAACACCUUAUUCAACUAAUACAAGUCAAUCAACACCAUAUCCAAGUAUUACAAGUCAACCAACACCAUAUCCAACUAAUAUAAGUCACCCAACACCAUAUUCAACUAGUAUAAACCAGCCACUACCAUAUCCAACUAAUAUAAAUCAGUCGACACCAUAUCCAACUGAUACAUCAUUCAUGCCAAUGCCAAUGCCAAUGCCAAUGCCAAUACCAAUGAUGACAAAUUCAUAUCGACAUGUCGCACAAACAAAUGAAAGUCAAAAUUCUGGCGACGUUUAUCAUGAAUCUCUUAAAUCAGCUGUUAUAAAUAAAAUUUCUAAUCGCUAUAAAGAAAUAACUGAAACAAAACAAAAUGAAAUAAGUUCUUUAGAAAAAAUUCAAGAAGAUUUAAAUAAUGGUGAACAAAAAAUUCAAUCAUUAAUUAAUCAAAUUCAACAACAACAAAUUUUAAUAAAAAACUAUUUAACAACAUUAACAAAUAAAACAAAUGAAACAACACAAAAACCUUUACAAAAGUCAGAAAGUACAAUAAAGGAUGAUGCAAUUAUUAUUUCAAAACCAAUUUCUAAACAAUUACUUCAAUGUUAUGUUGAAGAUCAUGCAAUUGAUGAUUUAUUAUAUUAUUUAUCUGAUGGUUUAAAAAGAGGAUCAAUUCCUUUAGAUAUUUAUUUAAAACAUGUUAUGAAACUUUCACGAAAACAAUUUACAAUACGAGCAACAAUGAUCAAAUGUCGAGAACUUCACGAAUAA